AUGAUUUUUACUUCCCGAGCUGUGCUCGCUUGCUAUCUUUUUCUUUGUGCCGCUACAGGUGUCCUGUCUCGCCCUCUAACACGUCGCCAGCAAGCCAUCUCUGAUAUAGACAUAUUGCAGUUUGCAUUAACGCUGGAACAUCUCGAGAACACUUUUUACAAAAAGGCUCUCUCUACAUUCUCGGAAGUUGAUUUUAUCGCUGCAGGCUUUGACGAGGCUUUCGUUAAGAACCUGGGAUUUGUGGCCCACGACGAAGAGCAGCAUGUUGUCUUUUUGGAAGCAGCCAUUACGCAAGCUGGGGCAACGCCUGUGGCUAGUUGUCAAUACAAUUUCCCCAUAACAGACGUAUUGAGUUUUGUCAAUCUUGCGACGGUCUUGGAAGGUGUCGGAGUCUCGGCGUACCUAGGUGCGGCCACCGCAAUUUCUUCAAAGUCAAUACUCAAUGUCGCCGCUGCUAUUACUGUUUCAGAGGGUCUGCAUCUGGCGGUUCAGCGUGCUAGUAUUUUCGACGUGGUGUCUGCCAAUAUCGCUGGUACUCCAUUGUCACCUAACGCCAUAUUCACCAUUGCCAGUGCCUUCAUAACGAGCUGCCCUUCAUCAAAUGCAGCCUUGCCAUUCACAGCCUUUCCAUCAUUAUCAGUCAAUGGUGUUUCCAAUUCCGCUCAGUCACUUGCUGCUAAUACAGUUGCAACUCUUAGCAUGACUGGUGGGAAUGGUACAGCAAUUCCUUCGUCCGCGUUUGUCACGUUUAUCAGUGGUAUUGAUAUAAUCAGUGUACCGGCCCAGGUCUCUAAUGGAGCUAUCUCUGUAACGGUUCCUCAACAGGUUUCUGGUCAGACAUUUGGUCUCCUAACGAGCGCGCCGAUGAAUGGAACUGGUGCGAUAUUUGAUGAUAGCAAAGUGAUCGCGGGUCCAGCAAUUAUGGAAAUUCAACCAGCCUCACCUACAAUUGACUUUAGUAUCUUGUGA